CAAAUAAGCGAUAAAUACGAGAAUCCAUGAAGGACGAGCGUGGACCGUGCCGUUAGAAAGGCGCAUCAUCAUCAUCAUCAUCAGCUUUGUUUAUGUGAGGGCCACGUUUUGAAGGCGGAAGAGGAAGCUACUGGCUCUCUGGGAUAGCACAAGCCAGGAUGAACAAACAACAGCUGGCACGGCUUCAGGAGCAAGUUCGCAUUGGCGGCAAGGGCAGCGCGCGCCGGAAGAAGAAGGUUGUUCACCGCUCCGCUGCUACCGAUGACAAGAAGCUGCAGAGCUCCCUUAAGAGGCUGGCGGCCAACACCAUCCCUGGCAUAGAGGAGGUCAACAUGAUUAAGGAGGAUGGCUCGGUGAUACACUUCAACAGCCCCAAGGUUCAGGCGUCCCCCAGCGCCAACACCUUCGCUGUGUCGGGCCGGGCCGAGGACAAACAGAUGGCCGAGAUGCUGCCGGGGAUCAUCAACCAGCUUGGCGUCGACGGUCUACACCAUCUGAAACGCCUGGCAGCCUCCCUCACAGCUGGCGGUGCUUCAGCUGGAGGAGUAGAUGAUGGCGAUGAUGUUCCCACUCUGGUUGAGAACUUUGAGGCUGCCAGCAUGUCAGACACGGGCCAGCUCUGAGUGUAGGUGGGUGGGUGUUUUGGAGCACUGGGCUGUGAGGGGCAGGUGUGUGUUGGGGACAGGUGUGUGAGGCUUGGGAGGGAUUCUGUGGCGACCUUUUCAGUUAAGAAGUUACCUUUGUGAAUACCCCCAAGAUAUCCAUUGCGGCAAAAUAUUUAGCAGAUAUAUGAAGGCGUCCCCCACCUGUCGGGCGGGCGAGUUACAUUCUUGGAGAAGCAAUUAUGGAAGCAAACACUCAUAUAGCAAAGUUGAGGAUUGAUGGGAUUAAAUCAGAUGUAUUUCCAGAAUUGUACAUUAAUUGACCUUUGGUACUUCUACGACAAGCUGGUGGGUGGGAGGUGGCGGCUUGGGGGUCAGGCAAGGUCAGCAUCACCCAGCACCUUGCCACACACUCUCAACACCUCCCCCUUCCUGUUAUCUGUCAGCUAUUCACUACCUUGAAACGAAUUUAUUUAGAUCAUUGAAUAAUCGUAAAAGGUUAUACAGCUUGUUUCGUUUUUCGGAUAAUAACAAACUUAAUAACUUGACAGCAUUGGAAUACAGUCAACCGUCAAAUAGUACGGUUUCCAAUAGUUAGGUUUGGUUCUAUAGAAAAUCAUAGAAUAGAAAAUCCUCAUAAAAACAAAAUCGAACUAUUGGAAACUGUACUAUUUGAGGAUCGACCGUAGAUUAACUAUAGAACCCAUAAUAGGUAGCAUAGACCAUGUGUUGUGAGCUGCCUCGUGUGUUCGGAAACCGUACUAUUUGAGGGACAACUGCAUUGGAAACUGUACUAUUUGAGGGUCGACUGUAGAUUGACUAUAGAAUCCGUACUAGGCAGCAUAGACCAUGUGUUGUGAGCUGCCUCGUGUGUUCGGAAACCGUACUAUUUGAGGGACAACUGCAUUGGAAACUGUACUAUUUGAGGGUCGACUGUAGAUUAACUAUAGAACCUGUACUAGGGAGCAUAGACCAUGUGUUGUGACCUGCCUUGUGUGUUCCAGUCAGUGCCGUGGAGCCUGAACACACCGCCCAAACCUUCCCACAAACACACUCAUGAAUUAGUAUUAAUAAAGAUGCAAGGAAAAAUGAA